CUUUCGUUGUUCGCCUUCUAUCAAGCUCUUUUGGCGCCUGAAUUGAGCCAGUGAAUUGCGUCGUUGUCUUUCGCUGUCCCUUGAUUUAGGACAGCUGGACAUCCUGUCUAUCAUACCGUACAAGAAAGCUCCAUGUGAGCUCAUCUGAAGCUAGGAAGAGAGAGAGCGAAAUCCUAGGAGACGAGUCGGCAUGAUGGCGCUUUUUGUCGCUGUGCUGCUCACCAUAUGGGUGAGCUUUGCAGACGCUCAGAACUACACGGUGCAUUCUGCCUUCAUUUUCGCAAACACGGGCGACCGAACACCUCUGCUGGACGUCAACAAUACGCCUGCACUCACUUACCUAGGUGCCCAGCAGAUGGCCAACCUGGGCGCAUAUUUCCGCAGAAGGUACAUCGGGGCUGGCGAUGUCAACCCGCUGGUCGGAUCGACCAUGCUGGAUGGCCUCUCAAGCUGGAGGGUUAACAAUGACGCGGUGUUUGUGCAGGCCGUCGACUCUCAGUACACAGUCGCUUCGGCGACGGCGUUCAUGCAGGGUCUGUACCCGCCAUACACUCUCGGCGCCGCGAACCAGAGCUCGAUCUUAGACCCGAGCGCGAUUACCAGCAAUGGAACGUAUAUCGAGGCACCCCUCAAUGGAUAUCAGUAUGCUGUAGUCAAUACAGUUGGCUCAACCGACCCCUACGUCAUUUACCUGACCGGAACGAACAACUGCCAGAGUUUCGGCGAUUCUGCACAGGCUUACUACAGCUCCGAGACCUUCAACAACACUGAAGAAGCUGUCCAAACACUGUACCAAAGCCUUGGACACGCCGUUUUGAAUGGCGUGAUACCGCAGGAUCAGUGGUCCUUCGCCAAUGCCUACUUGAUCUACGACUACAUUAGCUACCAAUACAACCAUAAUUCGACCGCCUACGAUAUCCUUUCGGGACCAGGUUAUAAAGAUAGCUACGACCAGCUUUACGGACUGGCUUCGGAGAAGCAAUGGGAAAUAUAUGGUGACCAAUCCGUUUCCGGUCUAUUUGCUGGAGAUAAGAUUCGCACCAUAGGUGGCCAGACGCUUGCUGCUAGGGCCGCAGGCUUGUUACUGAACAAUAUCGACACCGGCGGUUCGAGCACGAAAAUCAGUUUGGCCGUUGGCGAGUACGACGUCAUGAUGGCGCUUUUCUCGCUCCUCAGCCUCCAAGACAUCGACACCAACUUCGAAUACAUUCCACCUUUUGCGAGUGCGUUCGCUUUCGAGCUCUUCUCAUACGAGAACGAGACCUCGCUUGGCACGUACCCAGACACAGACAGCCUCUGGGUUCGCUUCCUGUACAUCAACGGUUCUCUCACCAACGACAAUCCGAACCCCAGCAUUCAGGCGUAUCCGAUCUUCUCACGUGGCCCUAGCGAGACAGACAUGAAAUGGAACGACUUCUUUAACGCCAUGGUCAGCAUCGGCAUGGAGAACGUGGGAGACUGGUGCGUGACGUGCAACGCGAAUAGCGUCUUCUGCCCGGCCUUCACAGACUCGACGGGCAGCUCAGGUUCAAGCUCGUCUUCGCGCGGCAAAUCGAGCGUGUCGCCGGCGGUGGCGGGCGUGAUCGGUGCGGUCGUCACGCUCGCCGUCGUGGGCCUUCUUCUUGGCCUGGCCAUGCUGCUCGGCGGCGUCCGUUUCCACCGCAACCCAAGGAGCAGGAAACGCGAUCUGGGCGGCUUCAAGGGUUCGGCCAAGCUCGCGUCCGACGCCGACCUCCAUCUCCCCAAGAACGCAGCUCCGGUCGGAGUCGUCGCGACCGAGGUCGCCAACGACCAGAAACGAGGCCACGAGCGCGUGGGAAGCUGGGAGAUGGACAAGAAACCGGGCCGCGACACGUUCUCGAGCCUCGGUGGCGCCACGGUCAAAGGAGACGACUACGGAGCCAAGUCGAGCUUGGAGGAGGAGCGCGACGGGAUCAGCCCGUUCAGCGCGCCUGUUCAUCCGCGCGAAAGCAUUUGAGCGAAACAGCAACAUCGCCUCGGGCCAAGCGGCUGCUUUUCGGUCACGCAAACUUUCACUAUGGGCUUUGGGUUUUUGUCCAUCUUGAUCUGUAGGGUUCGAAUGCUCGGCGUUCUGCGGAAGGAGAUCAGCAAACAAUUAUGAUACCACACACUCACUCCCGUGAAAGGGUCGAGUCUUAGACAUUUAUUGCACCUUUAAUUUUUUUUCCACCACUUUGCCGAUUGUAUCGUAGCCUUGCGCAACAAUCUACUUCUUGUACAUAGAACACCACUUGCAUAUGACGUUGAAUUUAAAAAUGGAGCGAGCCUAA